UCGAACCUCGACCUCCCGCACAACACAGUCCGUUGCUCUAACCAAUUGAGCUAGCCGGGAGGCGGUUACCUCUCAAACAUACCACCUGAACGUACUGCUUAGUAGCUUUCAUUUGAAUGGUUUCACACUGAGCCUGUUUCAGGUGAGUACAACCAAGCGCGAUAGUAGCAGAGGAGUACAGAAAAGAGGGAGGCUUGGGUUGAGCUUGGAAUGAGAACUGUUCUCUGGGCAACCCGACCCCAACCUCCCUUGUUUGCGCUCUGCUGUUACUAUCACGCCAUUUACUUAUUUCUCUUGGUAUUUUCUCUAAAGGGAUUAUUGGUUGAUCCGAUACCAAAAUUCUCUAAACUGACAUCAUACGAAUUGAAGAGCAGACAGUAAGGAGAAUUAUGAAGGAGAUCUUGGAAGUGAAAAGGUUAAGUUACAUUCACCUUGUAGAUCAUAAUAAACAGGGCCAAAUGAAAGUAAAGCUUAGUAGGGUUUUUAUCUUUCUCAGUGGAUUGUUUUGCGAAAGUAUCAGAGUAUUGAAGGAAGAAUUAUGUUACUAAAUGAAUGACACAGGUAUACUCUGAGAAAAAGAACUCUGCGUGCUCCCAAAAGGAGUCGAACCUAUACGACCUUCCGAAUACUACUUCGAACCCUCUACCACUGUGCUAUAGAAGACUCGUGACAUGCUGGGCCGUUUAGCUAGGUCAGUGAUGGCAAAGUUCCUGCACACUGCUUGGAUGUAUAGGAAUGUCGAUAAGUGAUGCUUGUGCGCGAUGAUGAUGUUAAUGAAGAUGUUGAAUUUUACGCAUGAUGUUGUUUAGUGAAAGAAGACGAUAUUCAGUGAAUGACACAGAGUAUUAUUGAACAUGAUAGAGAUAUAACCAUGCGCAAGCAGGGCGACACGUUAUAGUGACAAUCUGAAGACUAAGUCGUUUAUUUCUUGCAGUAGAAACCAUAAUAUACCUUUCCUUCAAAUGUACAAGCAAAGAAAUGAUCCCCUCCGCGGACUACAAUUUUAGCAACAACAGAAGAGAAGACUGGAGGCUCCCAAUGUAAGCUCAGUUGGUGGUGACAGUAAAAAAAUAAAUAUACGAAAAAAGAGGCCAGAGCCCAAACUCCGUAGAAUAUAUGUGUUCAACUUGUUACAACAACAUUUGGCUAAAAUGAAAAAAACUCCGAAAUUAACAAAUUUGCGUGAACGAAAAAAAAAACAACAAAAGUACGCGAAAAAUGUCCACGUCAGUUUUCAAUGUCAAGGUUAGAGUUCUUCGACGUGAUUAGCUAAUUUGUGAAAUCAAGCGCGCUGCGCGUGAAUACAAAAAUAAUACGAAAAAGGGGAGAGGAAGAAAGAAAUUGCAAUUUGAAAUUCAAGAAAAACAGAGAUUUUCUAGAUUAACGGCCAACUAGUAUCUGAGAGGCACGGAUUUGAAUCCUGUCGAAGCCUGAAUUUUUUCAGGCUUCUUUUCUGAAAUUGCUGGAAUUGCAGUUCACCCACGAAGGUCAUUUCUUUGCUUGAUUUUCAUUUGCAGGUCAAGUUAAAUUAUUUCGUUACCGGGCCCAUAGCCAGAAAAAAUUUCCAACCGAGGCACUAUUUGGCUAUUUUAAAAGAUGCCAUAGAAUCGAACUUUUACAAUCGAAUUUGUGAUUCUGACAAUAGCCAACACUGCGCUGUCAAUCAAAUAUUGGACUAGUAAAUUAUCUUUUUUAAUCGGAUUUUAAUGUAGGCAGAAUUCGCCCUUUUCCCAAGACAUAAACGAGGCGAAAAAAAAUUAAGAAAUUUCAACCGAGGCAAGUCCCUCGAUUCCCCUCUUACUGGCUAUGGGCCUGGUUACAAGUCUUAUGGGCCUGGUUACAAGUUGUUAGAAGAGUGUUUACGAUCUCGUCAGGACAAUAUCUUAUGUGUUUAGAUAGUGUUUGUUAAAAGGUGGUAAGAGAAGAUAAACAUCGAAUCGAACUAAUUCGUUUGGUAUGUUAAAAUAAUUUUUCAGAGACAAACACGAACAAUUUAGCUGACAAAGACCGAUCGUUAAAUAACCAUUGCGCCGUGAAAGGAGAGACGGUAAAUACAUUUUUUCUUCAGUUAUCGGCGUUUUAAUAGACUUUCUUAAAUAUUCUUCAUCGUGUUUUGAAAUAACAGUAUUUGAAAUCAAAACAAUCCUUAUCUCUAUUAAACUUUGAAGUACUUCGUUAUCGUUUUGAAGAAGAAUGGGUCCUAAUCAUUUGUUGCCAGUAUGAUAACGAUUUCGCUUUAAUCCUCUGAAAGAACCCCACUACAUUAUUUAUUCUAUUUUUCGGGACUUUAUUUUACUUGAAAUAGAUACCGUCUGACGAAGAUUUAAGUUUUGACUACUUUUUCCAGAGCGUCAGCUCCAUGAUUGCUUUAGCUUGUGUGAGGCAAAGUUAUUAGCGAUAAUUUAUUCGAACAACUUGACUCUUUCGGUGAAGGAUUAAAACCUCAGUCGUUGAAUCGUACCUCUAAACUGAUUUAUGAAAACAUCAAUUCUUGUUUUGAGAAACAGUAAUUACUUGCAGGUGGCCAAAUUUCCGCUUUGUUUUUUGUUUUUCACAUUUUGGAAGAAAAAGAAAAACUCCAGGGAUUAUUUUCUUCAUUAAGAUUCGCUAUUAAAUUAUCUUGGCUAAUCCAUUUGUUGUUAGCAACGUGGUGUUAUUGUGUUCCCAUUGGUUAUCGCAUGGUCGUAUCAAGAACUUCUUUUCACUGCAAUUAGUAGGUGCUCUCAAGCACGUAAAACUAAAUAUUUGCUAAACAACUUAACCUGCGGCAACGAUGGGAUGCGGAUCGUCGAAAUCCGUCGAAACUGCUGUCAUAUUGACAGAUGAGGGCCAAAGUAAACCGGUUAAACCCGCAGUAAACGAAAACGUUGAAUCAAAGCCGAACUCUCUCGGCGACGAGCCGCGAAUCACAUCUCAUAAAGCCACGAUUUCAGAAAGCGUUGCUAAUCCGAUAUUUUCCAUCGGUGACCGAGUUCAUGUUACUGGAUACACAGGUAGUGUGAAGUUCAUCGGAAGUCUCAGCGAUCUAGGCGAUGGUGACUGGAUAGGAAUUGAGUUGGAUCGGAAACACCCACAAGGAAAUGAUGGGUCAUUUCAAGGCUUCCGUUAUUUUACGUGUAAACAAAGACAUGGCAUGUUUGCUCGACCGUCCAGUGUGUUUCCUCACACAGAUGUGGGCAUCAUUGAGGAGGCAGCGAAUAUCAAUCCUCGAACAAUCGCUUUCAUCCAAACGAGUAUGCGCCGAUUUCUUGCCAAGAUUCGACUGGCAAAAUUUCGACAGCGCACAGGGGUCGAGAAGCAGAUCGAUGCACACGUAUUGGCGACACCAGAGUAUCAAACUGAAAGCGUCGAAAAAUUGAGUUCGUACCUGACCAGUCGCUGGGAGGGACACAGGAACAAAGCUUACGCGAUUUUUCGAUGGCUGAGUUUCAACGUUGCAUACGAUGUGGAUGGCUUCUUUGGAAGGACCGAGAAAAAGAGUUGCGAUGCCGCUAGCGUUCUACGCCAUAAAACAUCAGUGUGCGCUGGUUAUGCGAAUCUUUUCGAAGCACUUGGUAAAGCCGCCGGUCUACAGGUACAUAUCAUCACGGGUUACGCCAAGGGUUACGGCUUCGAGCCCGGCCAGCAGAUUAAAGAAACAAAUCAUGCGUGGAAUGGAGUUCAAGUCAACGGUGAGUGGUUCAUUUCUGAGCCUACAUGGGGCGCUGGUUACCUGGGAGCUGAUUUGAUGUUCCACCGCAGCCCAGACGUGUCCAUGUUCCUGAUGGACCCCGAAUAUGCUAUAUGCAGCCAUUACCCAUCCGACCAACAAUGGCAGCUCCUUGAUGUACCCAUCAGCAAGGAAGAAUUUGAGAAGCUGGUUGUGCCUUCUGGAAGAAUUCACCAGAUGGGAUUGGAAAUUCUCAGUCACAAGGAAAGCAUGUACAGUAUUGACGAUACAGAUCACAUCGAAAUGAUGUUCUACUCUCCAUCGCUGAAGAUGCUGCGAGGUGAUCUGAAGAACAUCUCAGGGAAAGAAUACGAAGGAAGAAGAUGGACACAGAUUCUACCUUGUGGAGUGAACCAAGUCAAGCUUAAAGCACAGUUCCCCGCUCCUGGAAAGUACAAGUUGAAUUUGUACAUCAGAGACGAGGUGUCCAAUACAAAGUGGCAUGGUGGAAUAGAAUACAUCAUCCACGCUAAGAAAGGAGUUGAGAAAAAUCGAGGGGGAUUCCCGCAAUUGGGAGGUGAGUUUUAUGAAGCAGGAUUCAACCUCGAUCAUCCACUCGAGAACAUUGUAUCCGACGACGGAAAGGCUUACAUCUCAUUACAGAACUACAACAUUCAAAUUUCUCACAUCGUUGGACAGCUUGACCUUGUGGGAGAGGGGAAACGAUUCAAAAAAGACUUCGGUGGAUAUUCGUUUUGUCUCUCAGAAAAGACAGAGAGUGGUUUCCGAGUCAUGGUGCAUUGCCCACAUCCAGGCGAGUACACCUUGAAAGUGUUUGCCAAGUAUUUUGGUGAGAGAAAGUCAGAUACUUUCGUGUGUACCUAUUACAUAAAUGCUCUUGCUGGUGUAGAACCUGCGCCAGGCUUUCCGAGAUUGUCGGACAGCUUUGUAUUGUGGGGCCUGGAGCUCAAGGAGCCUCAGCAGAAUAUUUAUGCCCCGGAUGGACGAGCGUCCGUUAAGCUUGAGACCCCGGAUAAUGUAUCAGUUGUUGGGUAUUUGAUGAAAGACAAACAACAUCUUGACAACAGUCUAUGCUACAGUAACACAGCGGAGGGUGUUGGCACAAUUCUUGCUCAUGCGCCUGAAGCCGGCAUUUUUCAGCUGAACGUAUUUGGCAAAAAACCUGAGAGCAAAGACAAUGAAUAUUUAGCGACAUUUAUGAUCAAGUCUGAUCAAGCACCUAGCUCAAACCCAGGCUUUCCAUACCUGAAGGACGAGUUCAAGGAUUGGGGACUAGAACUGGUGGAUCAGUUGGAGAACAUCGUUUCACGUGACAGACAAGUGAAGGUCACAUUUUCUAAUCCUCACGGCAUCUCUAUUAAGCCAUGGUUGUUUGAUGAGCACAAUAAGCAGAUCGGCAACUCGUGCCCGGUGGAAACCGCUGACAAGAUGACUGUUAUAACAUGUGAGUUGCCAAAAGCUGGAAAUUUUAAACUGAAUGUUUUUGGGACGAAUUUAUCUAAUGACAGCACAAAACAAGUGUUUCUUUGUUCAUACAAAGUAUUAUACCUAAGCUAAUUUAACCAAAAGUGACUUUUAACGACCGAAAACAUUUCGUUAGCAAGCAUAUGAAGCACGUUGCGCUUUUUGGUGAUGAGUUUGGGGACU